AUGGAUGCAGAGAUGUCUAAAGCCCCUCCUGUGUGUAUGUGGGAAUCGGCUCGGGCGGCGAAGCUGGGAAGAUUGAUGCGUCUGAACGAGUUCCGACGAACUCGCCGUCGUUUGAUGGCCGGCAAGCAAAUGAAACAUCUUGCACUGAUUGAGCUGCUGCUGCCGCUGGUGGGCACCGAACUAGCCCAAGGCCUCACUUACCAAGCUUCUGGGGGCAGAGGGAACUUCGUGUUUCUGAGUGAUUAUCAGCUGAGCCCGCUGCUGCACGACCUAAGCAGCAAGUAUGGUUACCAACCAGCAACCGGAGAGCUGGUCCGCGACGGCAGCUGCUACGGUAUGGACGACAACCGGCGGCUGGUCGGGCGUGGCGGACCGACGCCUCCUGCGCCCGCUCUCGGCAUUGCUCGACAAGCUCUGUGCGACGGCGCCUCUCAGGAGCAAGUCUUCCAGACUCUCCAGGAGCUCAAAGAGAGAAUACGGAAGGAAAUUCGGAAAGAGUUGAAGAUCAAAGAAGGGGCCGAGAAUUUAAGGCGUGCCUCGACGGAUAAGAAGAGCGCGCAGAACGUUGCCACCAUGAUCAAGCAGUCCAAUAACCGCCUCGAAGACCUCAAGGAUCGUAAAGAAGCUGCGGAGUGCAACGAACAGCCAGCCAUCAAAGUUGAAGUUAUCAAAGGCGAAACGGUGUUUCCUGUCCUGUCUGCGAUAAACUUUCACCCGCUUGGGACGCAUCAUUCCCUGAUGUUAGCGGAUUUGGAAGAGGUGGACUCGCAGCUGUUGAUGACCCGCGGCGGGGAAAGAAGCGGCGGUCCGCCAACCGGCGCCGCUCCGGCACUCGGCAUGGGUGGUCCACUUCCGUCCCCGGUGUCUUCUUUGGGCCACUCGUCAGCAUAUCAGCUCGGCAUACACCCGCAGCCAUCGUAUGGCGGCCAGUUUGCGCCACCAGCCAGGGCUUACUUCGAACCCUCCAUGCCGACCUCCGUGUCGGGAUACUCCAUCAGUGUAAUAGCAGAAAAUCCUCCAGAAACUUUGAAUUAUGGAGGGUUGAGUAGGAAAGCCUUCGAGUUACGUGUCCGGGAUGAGAAACGAGAGUCGGGUGCGGACAAUCGUGCUAUCAUCCUGUUUUAUGGAGUCACGGGGUCCUUUCAUUUGUAA